UGAUCAUCUGCCCGUCAACAUCUCCUCCUCUCCGCUCCAGGAGUCAGUUUGUAAAGUUGAGCCAUUAUGGGUCGGAAGGAGAUUCAUUGCAGCUGGAAGAAAAUCACCAACAACAUCAAAGAGAUCUUUGAUUUCAAAGAAAUUCUGGGAUCGGGUUCGUUUUCAGAGGUCUACCUGGUAAGAGAGAGAAAGACUGGAAAUUUCUACGCCCUGAAAUGUGUGAAGAAAAAACAGCUGCAUCACUCAAACCUGGAGAAUGAGAUCAAAGUGUUGAGGAGGAUAAAACAUAGUAAUGUGGUGGGGCUGGAGGAUUUCUAUGAAACAAGAACACACUAUUACCUGGUCAUGGAACUAGUGUCGGGUGGAGAGCUGUUUGACCGUAUUCUGGAUCGAGGAUUUUAUACAGAGAAAGAUGCCAGUUGUGUGAUCAAACAGGUCCUGGAGGCCGUUUCCUAUCUGCAUCAGAACAGCAUCGUCCACAGAGACCUGAAGCCUGAGAACCUGUUGUUCUACAGUCCAGACGAGAACGCAAAAAUCAUGAUCAGUGACUUUGGUCUUUCUAAGAUGUCUGAUCACGACGUGAUGUCCACAGCCUGUGGAACACCUGGAUACGUCGCUCCUGAAGUUCUGGCACAGAAACCGUACAGUAAAGCUGUCGACUGCUGGUCCAUCGGUGUCAUUACCUACAUCCUGUUGUGUGGCUACCCGCCAUUUUAUGAAGAGAAUGAAACGCGUCUUUUCUCCAAAAUAAUGAAGGCAGAAUACGCGUUUCACUCACCGUAUUGGGACGACAUCUCUGAAUCAGCAAAAGAUUUUGUCAAACACAUGCUGGAGAAAAGCCCAAGUAAACGUUUCACCACAGAACAAGCGCUCGCUCACCCAUGGAUCAUUGGAGACACGGCGCAUAAUGACAACAUUUAUCAGUCUGUGUGUGAACAGAUGCAGAAGAACUUUGCCAAAUCUAAAUGGAAGAAAGCCAUUAAUGUGUCAGUAGCGGUGAGUCACAUGCGACGGCUUCAGCUCGCUCACACUGACCCAGCGGUUCCCGCAGCGGCGCCGCUCAUCGCGGUUCUGGACGUGUCGUCGCCCGGACCACCCUCUGAUGAGCUUGACACCAAUGGGAACCCAUCGUGCAAUCACAUGGGCUUGAUGCCACACAGUGAUGUCAGCAGGGGGCGUGGCCCACUUAAGGCCUGUAACAGUGAGCCGAUGCACGCGCUGGUCGUCACGGAGACGGGACAACACGCAUAUCACUCUGAGUCUGAGCUGCCCUGCGCCACUCACGGAUCAGAGAGAACAACACUUGGUACAGAUGGGAAUGGCCGGUCGCUGCAGACCGGAGUCUGCUCUGUGAUGUAAUCAGCUGACUUGAUUGACAGCUGUCAGUCAAAUGAAGGGGAUUGUGCGACUGUCUGUUUGUCUGCACUGAUGGCUCGUUUCUCUAGGGGUCCCACAAACCGACGGACUCGCGAUCUGAAUCCAGAGUUACACGAGUGCCAACCACACACACACAAACAUGAACUCUCCUCUGAAUAUGUCAUUUCACUGUUUUCAGGUCAGGAGAUUGUGGAAAUAAGUUUGAGACAGCGGUGAGACCAUCUGCUCUGUUUAUUUUCAUAUUCCUGCUGUUUGUAUAUUCAUGUGGAAUAUUCAUAUUUGUGCCCAUUGUGGGCUGAUCAAGGUGCAUCUUGGGAAGAAAGACUUUAGCAUGCUGUGCUUAGUUCACAUGUGAGGUCGGAUCAUACUGUAUGUGCCACUGUAUGAAUUCUAUAGAACAAUCAAAAACGAAGACUACAGGACUGUGUUUGGAUCAUAUUUUCUUAAUUAAAAUAUAACGACCCGCACUUAUUGUUAAAGCUUGAAAUAUUGUUAUGAUAUGAAUGUGAUCUUAAUAAAAGUUAAUUUAGGGGUUUACUAAAAGUGUUAUGGCACAGACCCCUGCUGUAAUCUAUCAAGACGCUGCUGUUUAUCUGUUUAAAUAAACCUUACUUA